CAAAUGGAUCCUUUUGCCUCGGCUGGGUGUGACUUAUGAGAGGCGAAGAAGCAAGGCAGCCGAAUUCAACUCCCGUGUUCGGCUCGUCGGCCGCAGCUGCUGCCCUUCCGCCUCCCUCCUUCGCUCCGGCCGUGCUCGCCGCCGGCGCGCCUAGUCAACCGCUCCGUCGCAUGGAGAUGGCCCCUGCGCCCGUCUCCUCCAACCCGCGUACGGUCGAGGACAUCUUCAAGGACUUCUCCGGCCGCCGCGCGGCCCUAGUGCGCGCCCUAACCUCCGAUGUGGACGAGUUCUAUGGCUACUGCGACCCAGAGAAGGAGAAUUUGUGCCUGUACGGCCUGCCCAACGGGAGCUGGGAGGUGGCGCCGCCGGCGGAGGAGGUACCGCCCGAGAUGCCGGAGCCGGCGCUGGGAAUCAACUUCGCGCGCGACGGCAUGCAGCGCCGCGACUGGCUCUCCCUCGUCGCAGUCCACUCCGACUCGUGGCUCAUCUCCGUGGCUUUCUUCUUCGGCGCCAAACUCAACGCCAACGAACGGAAGCGCUUAUUCAGCAUGAUCAACGAUCUUCCAACUGUUUUUGAAGCAUUAGCUGACAGAAAACACGGCCGAGAUAGAUCUGGUGUUGAUAGCAGCGGCAAGUCCAGACACUCAUCAAAGCGAUCAAGCGAUGGCCACGCAAAGAAGUCUAGGGCGGCUCCCCCUGUCGAAGAGUAUGACGACGACGAAGACGAAGAGCACAGCGAAACCUUUUGUGGAACCUGUGGCGGCCUCUACAAUGCGAACGAGUUCUGGAUCGGCUGUGACAUCUGUGAGCGGUGGUUCCACGGCAAAUGCGUGAAGAUAACCCCGGCCAAAGCGGAACACAUAAAGCACUACAAGUGCCCUGACUGCAGCUCGAAGAAAAUCAGGCAGUAGGUUACAGUGUGCACCCACCCGCCGUCGCUGACCCAUCUGAUCUGAUCAAACCAUACUCCGUCUCAAGGUCGCAGCUAGCAGAUGUGAAUUCAUUAGACGUUGUGCUGUUAUGUGGAGGUAGAAUGAGGCAAGGGACUGAGAUGGAUAGCUGCUCGUUUUAUAAAUGGCUCGUUAACUGUCGAUGCCAUUGCUGUGCAUGUUCAUUACCUGUCGUUGUAGCAGCCAUUCACUGAUGAGUGAUUUAUGCCUUGGUAGUGGUAGGGGUUUCAUUGAUUUGCGUAUGUCUGGACUGGUCCUGUCAAAUUUGUAGUCAUCUUCCUCAAAGAAACAAACAAAAAUGAACUCUUGUAUAUU